AUGGGGUCUCGCAAAAGCUGUUGGACAUGCAAAGAUCGAAGGAUCCGAUGUGAUGGCGGCUUUCCCAAGUGCCAGAAGUGUAUUGGAGCUCGGCGAUGCUGUCAGGGAUAUGGGAUGCGCCUAUCGUGGCCCAGAGACGACGACAAAAGACGCGUUACUUCGUCUAGUCCGCUGUCGGCCCUGAUAUCUCGAAACCAGAAGACCGACUUCUCAUUUAUCAACACAACUUGGUCGGAUAUGGAACUGUAUCAUCAUCAAGAAUCAUUCCUCGACCCCAUUCCACGCCUUUCCAACUUGUGGAAGCUACCGCAACUAAGCGCCAGUAAUAUGCAAUUAUUGAACUACUUUCACGACUCUGCUCACCUCUCGUUGGUCACAUUCGAUGCUGACCUGUCACAAAUGAGAGAUGUACUUCUCAGAAUGGCUCUGGAAAAUGAUACGCUCUCCGGAUAUGCUGCCUUCUACGCGCUGCUGGCCUUUGCUUCAUUUCACCACAGUGGCUUGAAUCAACAGACCAUGAGGCUGAAGAUAUCGGCGCUCCAUUUCCUAGCUGCUUCAGCAAAGGAAGAAACACGAACUUGGACACAAGCAGCGCGACAAGUGGCUGCCUCAAUGCUUCUUGGAACUCUUGAUAUUAUGCUGCCAAGUGCAAGUUCAGGCGAGUGGCUCUGGUAUACACGAGGAGCCAUGGAUAUCGUCCAAACUACUUGUCUCAAAUAUCAAUGGCACGAAAGCGACAUUGGCCGCCUGCUUGAUUGGGUCUACUACCAUGAUACACUCUCCCGAUUUCCCUUGCGCCACUGGCAGUACAAGUCUUUGGCCCGUGAGGUCUCUGAAACGAAGGACUUUCAUUUCCGCGUCACUACAUUUUCGGCUUUGACAAAAUACAGGCCGGCACAGUCUAGUCCGAAUCCAACGUAUGCCAUAUUAAACUUAUUAUCUGAGGCAUGCAACGCAUUAAUUGAUCCACGAGAUCCUGCAAGUCGGAGCGGGGAGUACCGCGACAGUCUAGACCUCCUCAAGAGGAGAAUCGGUAACGUCCAUCUCAGGCGGGACUCGUCCAGUUUGAGUCCUCAGGAGACGCUCGGAGUAGAGGUAUGGCAGACGGCGACACAAGUCUAUCUAGCACGAGCUUCACAGAGCCCCGGUGAAGAGCCUGCGAAUCUGGAAUCUUUGAUAGACAUGGCAUUCGAAGGGCCUAUCCGAACCUGUGCCUGCCCUCACUUCUUUCCCUUGUUUAUUCUGGCCUGUGAGGCACAAUCAGACGAUCGAAGAGCGUCGAUCCUUAGUUUGAUUGGCAGGACUGAAGAUAUUCCGGGCCUGAGAAGUAAAGUAUGGCUGAGACAUAUGAUUCGGUCGAUCUGGGUGCACCAGGAUCUGCAUGCGGAUGGCGACCUGCUGGUGAACUAUGUCGGCGCCAUGAGAGCUGUGAUCAACAUGAACGACACGAUCCCUUCAUUUGUCUAG